AUGUUGGGCAGAAUAGCCAAACGGUCAAUUUCCAUUACUACCAAUACCCCACUUAAACUCCCAUUUAUCCCACUUGUCAGUGAAACUGGGUUCCCUGGAGCGAUUGGAAACACCCCUUUGUUGAAAUUACCAAGAAUUUCUGAAUGCAUAGACCGAAAUAUCUAUGGAAAGGCGGAGUUCAUGAAUCCAGGCGGAUCCAUCAAGGACCGUGCAGCCUUGUAUAUGAUUAAGGAUGCUGAGCAGAAAGGAUUAAUCAAGCCUGGAGGGACCAUUGUUGAGGGGACGGCAGGGAAUACAGGUAUUGGAUUGGCUCAUGUAUGUCGAGCUCGUGGAUACAAAUGUGUCAUCUAUAUGCCCAACACACAAUCACAAAAUAAAAUUGAGACAUUGAGAUUGUUAGGUGCUGAAGUGUACCCAGUACCAGCUGUAGCCUUCACCGAUCCAGAAAAUUACAACCACCAAGCCAAAAGACACGCAGAAAGAUUGGAUAAUGCUGUAUGGACUAACCAGUUUGAUAAUGUGGCCAAUCGACAAGCUCAUAUAGAAACUACGGGCCCAGAAAUAUGGGCACAAUUGGAUGGUAAAGUUGAUGCUUUCACUUGUUCAACUGGCACUGGUGGCACAUUCGCUGGUAUAACCAGAUACUUGAAGGACAUAUCCAAUGGCAAAGUGAAAGCAGUAUUGGCCGAUCCACCAGGCUCGGUGUUAUACUCGCACAUUAAAUCUGGGGGCAAAGAAAUGAUUAGGAGUGGAUCAUCAUUUACAGAAGGAAUUGGUCAAGGUAGAGUUACCGACAACUUGCAAUCAGAUAUAGAUUUGAUUGACGAUGCAGUCAAGAUUCCUGACGAGGAUUCAAUUGCUAUGGUUUAUCGUUUAUUAGAUGAAGAAGGGUUGUAUCUUGGUGGCACUGGUGCAUUAAACGUAGCUGCAGCAGUUGAAGUAGCCAAGCUGUUGCCUGAAGGAAGCAAUGUUGUUACCGUAUUAGCUGAUCUGGCCCAUAAGUAUGCCGACAGAAUCUUUUCCAAAAAAUGGUUAACUGAAAAGGGAUUAUACGAAGCCAUUCCACCACAUUUGCAAAAGUAUGCUGUAUUAGAUUAG